AUGAUGGCGAGCUUGCGGGCAAAGUCGACAACAGACGGAGGCAGUGUAUCCGAUGGAUCUCGGACGAGCGCGCACUUGCAGGACCGGGACCCUUCAGACUCCAGCCUCUCUUCGCGUGCAGAGAGCCUUGUGGACUCACAGGUUUCGCGAGCUUCAAGCGUAUUCAGCACCGGCCUUCAGACCGUCGGUCUCAAAGUUGGCCCGACUAGUAAGGCAACUGGAAAUGAGGAUCGUGCCCCCGCUGGCAUGAAAAAAAAAUGGCAGCAGCACUAUGCUUACGGAAAAUGGAUCCAGCUGGGAAAGAUGUUCUGUCAGCUUUGUUACCCGUUGGCGCUCAACAGCAAGACUUUGUUCGAGGCUAUCAUCGACGGUAACGACCAGGCCGCUUCAGGAUCCACCUACAACAAGUGGCUGCUCGGAUUGUUUUCGGACGAGCCAAAACUUGCGGAAACGGGCCCAUUGGGUUACAUUAAGCGAACGACCAAGUACGACGCCCGGUUUUCCUCCGACUUUAGCGACACGGUCACCUACCGCUCCUGGACGGUGUAUGAUCCGGUAGAGGACCCUAGAGAUUGCACCGACAUGUUUUUUCGCAUGGGAAACGCGAGGUUACGGCAAGGAAUCGUGGACUGUAAUACAACUUCAUGCGACUGUGUGGAUGACACGCAACAGGUGACCGUGGUGAACCCUCCAUUCCUCAAGCUGAUGCAACAAUAUGAACCCAGCGGCAUCAUAUCCACCCUGUCGCAAGAGGUUUUCGCGGAUAUCAAGGAAGGCAUGACCGAAGGGUUCGUGCGAGCUACGAAAGCGUACAUUCUACCAACGGUCCUCAACGACGUCUACAGCUUCCGAAAGGCCUUCUUAACAGCAGACAGCGUGCUGCGCUCCAUUUUUUCAUCAGUGUCGGCGACCGACGGCACCGCCACGGCUGUGUCCACGCUGAGAAGCAGCUACGACGAUACGUCGGUCGACUGCCAGGGCUUCCAACCAAGCGGAUAUUCGAAUAGCUGUCCCUGGGGUCUACUUUCGUUCAUUCAGAGCGCAGCCACCUCUCUCGGUGUUGAUGGCUCAUUUAGCGAGGCAGAGGCGGAGCACCUGUUAGGACUCCGAUCGCAGACAGAUGGGUCCAUCUUUGACUCUUCGGGAGGGAUGCUCAAGUGGAUAGCGGCGGGUCGCUACGAAGGCUACCUCUCCGCGCCUUCCUUACCGCAUCCAAGCGAGGUCGAUCUCACCGGAGAGAGUGCCUUCGACGACCUCGUGGCAACGGUGUGCACCUGGGAGGCAACGAACGGGGGCUCCGCGCCUUCCUUGCAAGAAUGCCAGGAAAAUAAGCUGGAGGGGUACGUGAUCGACGAAUGGCGAGGCGCUUCAAGUGGAACGAUCGAUGUCAUCUGUGAUGCGGUAGGCAGUGUUUGUCCAUGGAGAGUCGCCAACGGGACCAACGCAGCAGCCUGGAAUAUCAGCACGGCCGCUGCCGUGCUCAUGAUCGAUCCUGCUGAGCAAGACUCAAGGAAUGAUCUUAGUCACUACACAGUGGACGGCCAAACGUUGUGGGGCAGCGCGUACACAUACUGCACGGCUGACCCCUCGACACCUAUCGAAUGCGACGAAGGCAGCCGUUAUUUGGAUGCUGCCAAUGCAACCUUGCCACAAUUGUUGAGGGCCGCGGAGGGAUCGCUGGAAUGGGCGCAGUAUAGGGAACAGGUUUGUGGGAUCGCGUCAAACAUUUUUGGAUCUUGGGUCGGGGAAAGCACGUGGCUGAAUCACGUCAUCGUCAAUCAUAUCAACGCUUCCGUCUUUGAACUCACGGGAUACGAGCUGGAUGGAGACAGCAUAGAGGACAUUGGAUACACUCAGGUGGCUCUCGCAGGCUACUCCACCAUGGGAAAUGUCACAAUUGAGUAUGGAAAGGCGCUGCUGGAUUUGCUGGCAGAGGAUAGUGACGAAGCCGACGAGUUUCGGCGCUUCAUUGUGCGGCAGAGCACAACGUACUACGGCGAAUCCGACAACUGGUGA